UGUUUUUAUCUUCUUAAACCCCUUCUUAUGUCUGAAUCUAGAAAUUACUGUCUCUUUUAUAACUUUCGAUUCCUUGUUUACUUUCCCAAACAAAGUUCAUAACUUGUGAAAUUUGUCAUUUGUCUUACUUUGUUGAUUACGGGUAGCAAAGUCACGGAGAUUGAAGCUUCCGUUGAAUGAAAUUGUUUCUAGUCAACUUAACCAAUUUCAGAACAUGGCAAACCGAACAGAGAAUUCACUACGCUGUUCGAUUAGUAAAAGACCGAAUGACGGCUUUAUGCUCCUCACAGCGACUUUUGCAGGAAUAGUUAUCGGAUUUUUACUAGGAAUAUCUUUCCCUACAUUGUCACUAACUAAAAUGAAUUUUCCAUCAAGUAUACUUCCUUCUGUUAAUAUUGUUCAUGUUGAAGAUGAGAAACUGGAGAAAUCAGCUACAUUGAGUCCAUCAAAAGGGCUUAAGUCAAGUGAUGCAGCAUUUCAUAAGAUUUGGGUUCCAUCAAAUCCUCGAGGUGCAGAGAUGUUGCCUCCAAGUUUUGUUGCAGCUGAAUCGGAUUUCUACUUGAGAAGAUUGUGGGGAUUGCCUAAAGAUGAUUUACCGGUGGUGAAGCCUAAGUAUCUUGUUGCUUUUACCGUUUCUUAUGAACAGAGAAAAAACAUCAAUGCUUGUGUCAAGAAAUUCUCAGAUAAUUUCACUAUUGUUCUGUUUCAUUACGAUGGAAGAACCUCGGAAUAUGAUGAAUUUGAAUGGUCUAAACGAGCAAUACACGUGAGUGUCCCUAAGCAAACCAAGUGGUGGUAUGCUAAAAGGUUUCUGCAUCCCGACAUUAUAGCACCAUAUGAAUACAUUUUCAUUUGGGAUGAAGAUCUUGGCGUUGAAAACUUCGAUGCAGAAGAGUACAUCAAGCUUGUAAAGAAGCAUGGUCUUGAAAUAUCGCAACCCGGUGUGGAAUCAAGAAAACCCAUCACAUGGCAGAUAACAAAAAGAAUACCCGGAAUCGAAGUUCACAAAGAAGUCAAAGAGAAACCAGGUCACUGCAAGGACCCUCACUUACCGCCCUGUGCAGGGUUUAUAGAGAUUAUGGCUCCCGUUUUCUCAAGAGACUCGUGGCGCUGCGUGUGGCAUAUGAUUCAGAACGACUUGGUUCACGGUUGGGGUCUUGAUUUUGCGCUAAGGAAAUGUGUCGAGCCUGCACAUGAGAAGAUUGGUGUUGUGGAUUCUCAAUGGAUCAUUCAUCAAAAGAUUCCUUCUUUAACAGGCCAGGGAACCGCGCAAAAUGGUAAAUCCGCAUUCCAAGGGGUAAGGGAGAGAUGUAAAAGGGAAUGGACAAUGUUUCAGAAAAGAAUGUCUCGAUCAGAGCAGAAAUAUCUGAAAGAAAUUGCAUCUGCGUCUUCAAACUCUACACUGACCUAAACCAGAAACAGAGGAGGAACUGAAGAAAAAACUUUUAGUGUUCAGAUAGAAUUUCCAGGAUAAAUGAAAAAUAGAAUGUUGAUAUGAUGAUCAUGAUUAUGAUUAUGAUAGCACAUAUAUUCAAAAUAUACACUGAUACACACACAUAAUACACAUUCAUUCUUGAAACACACUUGUAGUGUUAAAACAGUGAAACGAAGUUCUUACAAGCUUUUCAU